AUGUCUCACUCCGAUCAACAACUUGAUGCCCCCGCCCAGUCCCUUCAUGCAAUCAAUUUUACUUUGCCUGAAUUCUGGCAACACGCUCCAGAACUUUACUUCAUCCGCAUAGAAUCAGCCUUUUAUUCUGCCAACUUUACCAAGGAGUUAGCAAAAUACCACAAACUCGUGGAGGUCCUCCCCGCUAGUGUCAUCUCUCAAGUUCAGUCCUUGCUAGCUAAUCCUCCUGCAGAUGCUCCCUACUCCGCGUUAAAGGCAGAAAUCCUCCGACUUAAUUCUGUGUCUGACCGACAGAGGUAUCACCAGUUAAUUAAGGAGGAGUCACUGGGCGACCGUAAGCCCUCAGAGCUUCUACGUCGGAUGCGUUGUCUCCUUGGAGACAUGCAAGUUGAUGAUAAAUUUGUCAAGGAGAUGUUCCUGGAGCGCCUGCCCACAGAUGUUCAAACGAUCCUGGCGUCCGGCUCUCAGGAUCUCACAGUGUCACAGUUGGCUGAGAUGGCGGAUCGAAUGAUAGAGGUGCAACGAGUCCAGUCACCUUCCGUUGCCCAGAUCUCAUCCUCAUCGUCAGUGAAUGAGCAUUUACUAAAACAGGUGUCGGCCAUGGCAGAUGAGAUGGCCUCUCUUAAAAUACAGCUCGCCCGCCUAACUUCCAGUCGCUCACGCAGUCGUCGUCGUUCUCGUUCGCGACCUCGGACUGCUGAUACUUGCUGGUACCACACUAAUUUCGGCGUAAAGGCCCGUCGCUGUUCCUCACCUUGCUCUUUUAAGCCAAAACAGGAAAACCAGUCAGCCAGAGAAUAGAUGCGACCGUUUUCUCUGGCUCCUCCGGCUCUGGUCGCACCUUCUAUGUUUGCGACACUGCGACUCGCAGACGUUUUCUGGUGGACACUGGAGCUCAAAUCAGUGUUGUUCCCCCAACUGCAGCUGAUCGUCGUUUCCCUAGUCCUGGUCUUCAUCUUCAAGCUGCUAACUGUUCCCCAAUUCCCACUUUUGGCAGUCUGUCCCUCACCCUGAACAUUGGCCUUCGUCGGUCAUUUACUUGGAUCUUUGUGAUUGCUGAUGUCCCUCAUGCAAUCCUUGGCUCGGACUUCCUUGCCGAGUUCGAUCUCCUUGUUGACUGUCGACGUGCCCGUCUCCUCGACCGCACAACCGGUCUGUUCGUCCGUGGACCAACUCCAUUUACUGUCCCCACCAACUUAUCUGUCCUGGAUACAGAUAUUGCUAGUCCUUUUCGGCAACUGCUGCUUAGUCACCCCAACAUAAUUAACGCUCAGUUUCGCAGUGGUGAAGUUCAACAUGAUGUUGUGCACCAUAUCCGCAUACGUUUUCAGAAAUAUAACGAGCAGAACAUUUUUAGUUUCAGCAAACUAUCAGUAUUUGUAUGGGCGAUCUGUUGGGCAUUCAUGAUCAAAGAAUGGAGUUUAAAAGCGAACAAAGACAGUGGAAAUGGCCUCAAUGUAUAGGGAAAGGCAUGUUCUUACGUUUACGGUAGAAACGUAUUAGUAUUGCUUAGGAAAGUGAAAAAAACCUCAAAGGUGUCAAAUUUUUACUUGACCUCGCCGUGCAAAAAUACAAAGUACACAGAGAUCCCUCGACGGAGUGCAGUAAUAAAACACUUUCUAAAGAGGUAACUUAUUAAGGAAAGUUUUCUUAUUAAUCAAAGGCAUAUUCGUUGCUGCCUUUCGUUGUAAACAGUCAUUUUUCUCGAAAAUGAAGUUUGAUGUUUAAGUGAGUCCUCACAUGUGAUCCAAUCGACCAUAUUCGUGAAAAGGAGCGCCUGAACACUCAUUAAUUCGGUAAAUGCAUUCAAGAACAAUCUUAUUUUAAAGAUCUAAACAGACAGGUAAUUCAGAAUCAGUCUUUAUGGGCGAUCGGGUGAAAAAACUGAAAAUCAUGAAGUAUUCAGUAAUAUUUCGAGGCCGAUCUGAAUUUCAACGUAAUCCAAAACGAAAGAAGAGUAUAAAUUAAUUUUACGGGAGAAAAGUUCUCUCUGUAAACACAAAAUGGUAUGUUUACGAUCACGCCUGUCAGUUCUAUUUAAAUUUAUUAGGCACCGACCGGCCUAAUGGCAUGUCACCUUAUGAAAACGUUUGAUCCUACGACAUCCCCAUCGGCAAAAUCAAGCAAAAUCCAGCUUCUCUUAUUGAACCCCAUCUCAUUUAACUUCAUAUCUUUAAUGAAAUUAUGAAAAACUAAAAAACUGUUUUGGAAUCUACACCCAGAAUGUAGGCAGUUGACAAACCGUCAUAUAUGAAGUCACAUUAUUUAGUAAACGAUAUUUAGAUGUAAACUUCAAUGAAACGCUGUUAUUAGACGUGAUUUUAUGUCUGCUUUCAUAUUUACUGCGCGGUUGGUAUGAGAAUAUAUUGUAUACAUCUAAAAACGAACUUUACUUAAUUAGAGCCGUUUGUGAUGUUUUCGGGAUAUUGCGCUUUUCAAAAUUAAUCGACAUUUCUAAGCAACGCAACACUGCCUUUAAUAGUUCUUUUAUGUUUUUAAUUCUUUUAAACUUGUACCUAAUUAACAUAGACACCUGACUCAUGAAAUGGUGUCGGUUUGCGAGUGAUUGACAAUUAUUCGCAAAUUUCGACACAUUUAAUGAGUUAGGUCACGCACUAUAUAUGUAUGCAGUAGAUGGUCUAUCUCUUGAAAUGACGUGAUUGAAGUUUGCGUUGGUAGUAUGACAUAUAUUCGGUGUUGUUUUGAAGUUUAUUGAAUUGAUUAAAGGGCCGGUAAACUAUUUAGAGAACAAUAUUUCCUUCUGACUUUGCUUUCUGUAAGAAAAAUCGGCCAGUUUUCUCGAAAUCCGACUUUUGUUGAUAUCCAGGUAAUUCCCAACGCUACUGAAAACCACAGGUCAAAAACUCGUAUUUCAUGCAAAUUGGGCUAUACACGAGCAUAAAUAUAAGCAAGAAAUGUUUGAAAAAAAAUAGUUUCUAGGAAAGAAAAAACUGGGUUUUGUGUUUAUUAAAAUCAGGCGAAGAUAGGCAUGAAAAAAUUGCAUUAUUUUCAAGAAAAGACGGACGAAUUCAAUUUUAAAAGUUCUGUUUUGCAAAUGUGUGACGUUUUGUGCCACAAAACUCAGCAGUAAACUUGUUCGAUGGCCGUUUUACCACAUAGAGAGUUGUUAAUCGUAAGCAAAUAUGUACGGAGUACCCACAACAUUUAGGUACUCUUCUGUGUUACGCCGUGAGAGAAAGGUGACCAGACAGUUUCCAUCAGCGGUCGGCUGCAAACAGAUACGGGAUUUAACAACGGAAGGGCCGCUGCAUGAGUCGUCGGCAAGUAUUUCCAUUGGCAGUAAGGUGUCUCUGUGGCGAAUUAUUGACGAUCGAACUGUCCGCCAAAAUAAGUAGAGUGGGCCAAAACGGCCCACAAGCAAGUAAGACGAUAAUUUUAUUCAUCAUAUACUAAACAUUAGUACAUCUGCCGAUGUUGUCUACGAACAUAAUUAGCAAAAGGAUGUAGAAAUUUGAACUUCACCAGCAACAUUUCAUGAACAAACUGUUUUAAUCAAAAACUAAUCAGAGAACGUUUUUUAUUUGCCAAGAAUUUUAAAGUACGCGAGUAGAACAGGGUUAAAAUACGAAGCAGGCGGCAAGGCUUAACAAAUCACUGUCAGCAGGAAAUGCCAACAAACUAUUUUUAUGACGGGGAUGAGAAACUUUCCAAAACGUCAGUAUGAAUACAACUUGGUCCAUGAAAUCGCCUUUUCUUUUUCGUCUUCUUUAGGAGAUGAUAAAACGAUAGGAUAUUUGAACCUCGAAUCUUCAUAAAUUUUUAUAUAGACUUAGGCAUACUAGAAAGAAAUAAGUCCUUCAGGAAACGCAACAGACUUUAUUUUGUAAAUUUUAGAUACUGGUUCCCCAGAUCGUCUUCACAUUUGUAGCAAAUAUGCAAAACAGUUAACACUUAAAAGUGGGCAAAGAAUCCAUACCGUCAUUUUGUUCCUGUCAAUAAGGCAUGGCCUUGGCUGAAAUCUCGCUUUGAUCGCUGACAUUGUUCAACAUUACAAUAGCAAUCACCCUAUUGCUCAUAAACGGAGUGCUGUUACCAGUCUACUUAAUCGAGCAAAAACAAACUGCUCGUCCAACAAGAGUUACCAGAUAGAACUUCAUUACUUGUUCGAACGCUGCCCCAAAAUGGGUGCGCCGGAAAUUUUGCAAAUCGGUGCACGAGACAAGAAAAAUUAAAAGAAAAAAACAAGGACCUAGUUUGUUAAGAUCCAGCACCCAAACAGAAAUUCUGGAGAACACAUGCGUACACUAUAAAGGUGUCUGAACUCCCUCACAGACACCUGAGAAAAAAUCAAAUACAAGUGGCGCACAAACCGACGAUCAAAUAACGCAACCAGUUCGUACACCUCAAGGAAACAGUAAACUUUAUUGUGUAAAUUUUAGAGACUGGUUCCCCAGCUCGUCUUCAGACAACGGGUGUGCAAAAAUAAUGACUUCUUGACUGAGUCUGACAAAGGAUUCUGUGAUUGGUUAAAGUCAUUUUCUCAGGAUUGGUUGGAUCAGUUUGAAUCAGUCUUUACCGAUUUUGUUUGUGGCAUCUAGAUCGAUAUGGCGGUUGAUACAUGUCUCGUCUGAGUGCAUUGCCCCCAGGAAUUCGCGACCCUUCCUUAUUGGGCAGGCGCCAACAAUGCCAGUGUUUUCCUAUGCAAAUUUGUGCCCAGUGUCCAGUGUGUGCAUGGUCAUCUGGGAUAGAUGAUCACGUCUCUUUACCGCCAACUAAUGUUCGUGUAUACGGAUUGAGACAGAUUUACCAGUUUGGCCACAAUAGACGGCAUCACAACUAGAACAUGUGAUUUUGUAGACAAAACCUUUUCUUUCGAGGUAACCAACCCUGUCCUUGGGGUGUACAAGCUGUGUUCCUAAGGUAGUUACCGCCUGAUGUGCUACGUGUAUCUGGUACUUUUUUAACCGUCUUUCCACUAGUUCAGAUAUAUUUCUCACGUAUGGGAGAGUUCGUCAUGCUGUUAGUUUUGGUGCCCGAAUGGCCGUGGCAUUGGAAAUACCUUUUUCCCUUGAGUUGCUGGUGCCUCAUGCAUUGACGUAUAAAGUUAUGCGUGUACCCAUUUUGGGAGAACAGUCUGUAGAAGUAUUUCAUUUCUGCUAGAUAACUUGUUUCAUCAGAGUAGUGGGUUUUGGCUCGAUUCAGAAGGCUUUAGACUGUACUCCGUUUGUGAGAGCCAGGGUGGUUACUCUCAAGGUGUAGGAUGACCUCCGAAUACGCCUCUGUGCGAUAAACUGAUGUCUGAAGUGAUCUAUCGGUUUUUUGACGUACAAGGACAUCCAGGAAUAGGAGUUGUCCAUUAACCUCUGUUUCGAAAAUAAACCUGAUUCCUGGAAAUAUAGAGUUAAUGUUGGUAUGGAGUAGAUUCAACUGGUCUUUCUUGACGAUGACAAAAGUGUCAUCUAAAUAUCGCAGCCAAAGUUUUGGGUUAACUACGGGAAGGGCUAUGCUUUCUAAUUUCUGCAGUACGGCCUCUGCCAGGAAACCGGAUAUAGGUGAACCCAUGGGAGCACCUUUUAAUUUCCGACAGCAUUGUUUGGAGAAGGAAAAAUUUGUCUCCAGGGAGAGAUCAAGGAGUUGAAGUAAAGCCUCUGAAGGCACAUCAGAAUUGGCGAAAUAGGCACUUAGAUAUCUUAUGGUUGGGUGCACCGAUUAGGGAGACAAUCGGUCGCAGCGGAAUAUCAGUUUUAUGAAUUUUGGGAAGACCAUAUGCCUUGGCAAUCGUUGGUACAUCCUUCUUUAAAGACUUGGCAAGAACUCCCAAACAAAAUCUUUAAAGAAAAAUGCAAAGUGACUCAACUAAUCUCGAGGAGAUGACGAAUUGCCAUUAACACGCAUUAGCUCAGACUUCAGUCAAUCACAGAAUCCUUUGCCAGACUCAGUUUAGAAGUUGGAUGUUUUUGCAUUCCAAUAGUCUGAAGACGAACUUGGAGACCAGUCUCGAAAAGUUGCACAAUAAAGUUUACUGGUUCCCAAAAAAUCCAUUCUUCUUAAUAUAUUUAUAUAUGUUUAUAUAUAUAUAUAUAUAUAUAUGCAGUAUGUUAUUACUGACAAACACAAGGGAGACUGGAAUGGCCAUUUCUGGCUUAUUAGCCGUCGUCAGCUAGUCAUACCCAAUCCCGAAGUGUGGAACACCCGAGGCUCGAACUCGCGACCUGUUAGUUAGAAGUCCACGCCUCUAACCACUGGGCCACGAGCCCGUUGCCCUGUCGGUUUUCGAUCGGGAAUAUACAAUGGUAGGGGGCGCUCAUCGAUCGUUUCUACGUAACUCACUCGUUCCGUUGUGCCUUACGGGCUCUCUCUCGAGCCUAACUAGCAGCCGCACAGCGGUGCAUGAUGUAGGCACUAUGGUAUAACCGACAAAGACAAGGGAGACUGGAAUGGCCAUUUCUGGCUUAUAAGCCGUCGUCAGCCAGUCAUACCCAACACCGAAGUGUGGAACACACGAGGCUCGAACUCGCGACCUGUUACUUAGAAGUCUACGGGUUUCCACACGAGUGUUCCACACUU